CACGCGGCGAGAGCUUCCUGUCACUGGUCACAAGCCUUUUGUUUGAUGACUGUGUCGGGCUGGUUCUAUGCCGUUCCGUUCGGUUUGACGCGGGUGCUCUCAGUGGUGAAUGUAAUUCAAAUACUGGAAAUAUGUUAAAGAUACAUCUUUGACAUCAGUCAUGAGUAACAAGGGAGACACCCCAGACAAGGCUGGACCAGGCUCCAGGGCCACCCCAGCAGUUCUACCUGUUGGACAAGAUGUCUCCUCACAAGCACCUGCACCUUCAUCAGGGUCAACGGAUCCUGAGGACGGGUUCUUUCUUGGCCAAGUCAGGGACGAGUCUGUGUUUGGAUCUGGACCGAUGAGGCAGUUGUCUCAGUUCAGCGGUACUAGUGAAGCUUCAGAAGGUGUUACAAGCAUGUCGUCUGGCAAGGAUGAUGUUUGUGGGCGCAGGUCACCUGCAUCUCGACCAACUUCAGAGCUGUCUCAGUUAUUCUUUUCGCCACACCAGAUUGGUCCAUCUGGCGGGUUUGUUCCGGUAUCGCCCAGUUCCAGGCAGUCAGCUGUUUCCCAGAUGCCCCAGCAUAGUGACCGCAUAACUCCAGUGAGUGGUUCUCCUCGAGGGGAUGAUUCUGAUCUCUACUCCCGGCCCACCUCCAUCCAUCAGUCUCCUCAGCUUAGCUUGAGGAGCGGCUCUGUUGGGUCCAGCGGCUCCUACAGACUUGGGGGACACUCCAAACUGACACCCAACAUCAGCAGGCCACUCGUUCCUCCGGUGUGUCACCAACAUCUUCCAGAGAAGCCGUGAGUGAUGCACCGACUCCGCCAGCAGAUGGCCAUCAGCCACUUCUCGUGCAACUGUCCAGCGGAAAACGAGCAGAACUGUCACAUGUCUCGGAUGAGGAACAUAGAAAAAGUAUAGCUGAUUCAAGGUCAUCCCGAGGUCGGGACAAAACUAUAAGUGAAUCUUUGUCAGCUGUGAAGGAAGAUGGAGAAACAAAUUAUACACCCAUGUCCAGAGUUGGAUGGACUAGCUUGGACACUGAGGAUCAUAAUGAUACAUUUUAUCAUGGCUUGAAUCCUAUGUAUGCAACGGUCACCAGCAAUGCCUCCGCCUUCAGUCGAGAGUCUUCAGACAUGGCCUACAUUCCGAACUUCCCUGGAGGAAUCAUACACUUCGUGCAGGACGGAGACUCUGUCUUCAACCAGAUGGAUCGUUAUUAUGUGUGUAUACCUCGAGACAGCACGGUUGAUGAUGUUGCAAACUACAUCGCUGGUGGCUGGCGGCGUCGUACACCCAAGAUUGUGCUCUCUGUGAUCAGCAGUGUGCAGUACUUCAAGGCCUGGGAGAAUGAGAGAAGUGUGGACAACUUUAAGAGGGGCCUCAUUCAGGCGGCAAACUUGACAGAGAUGUGGAUUCUGACCGAUGGCCUUGACCGCGGUGUGGCGAAGAUGAUCGGCAAUGCUGUGUACCAGGAGAUGGCACGUAGGAAGUGCCAGGAAAUGGAUACUCAGGUGGUCAAGAACGUGUACAUGGUGGAGAAGGUGACCAAACUGACUGUACUGGGUAUUGUCAACAAGGAACACAUCGCAUACUCUGAAGCCUUGAGUGGAGAGCACAAGGACCCACAAGAACUAGAGAAUUCCGGCUACAAGCCAUCGUCAGGGAAGUACAACCUGAACCCCAACCACACCCACUUCAUUCUGGGGGAGGAAGUCACGUCGCAGGAACUCAUCAACUUCAGAUACAACCUGGAACUGCGCUUCCAGAUGCCCGUCGGUCGUCCUCGGCGAUAUCGUCGGAUGCCAUCAAGCCAGACCACCCUGUUUGCAGGGAACAGCGAGGUUGACCUGGUUCAGACCCACAUGCCGACUGUAGAAGGGACCACCACUCCUGUGAUCGGCCUCCUGAUUCAGGGGGGACCACCAGACAUUGACCACACCCUUGCCCUCCUCAAGAAAAAGAUUCCUGUGAUUGUGAUGAAAGGGUUUGGUCUGGCAGCUGAUCUGAUUGCAUUUGCUUACCUGGAAAUGAAGGAAAGAUCUGAUGAUGACCACAUCAACAUGUACAUCAAACCAGAACUGAUGAAGAAGGUCAAGGCUGCUUUUCCUAAAGAUUUCAAGGAUGAUGAUCUAGCUCGUAAUGAGUGUCGAGACAAGAUUCUAGAAUGUGCAAUAAUGGCGCAUCAGGACAGUCUCACCUACCUCACCAUCCUGGACACCAGCAGCAAGGAGUCGGAUCUCACCCACCUGAACAAGUACAUCCUGACGGCCCUCUUCAAAGCUCAGACACGGAAACUGGGGAUCCGAUGGCGUGAACAGAUACAGAGGGACCUUCAACUCACACUGGACUGGAACAGACCAGAUCUAGCAAACACUGAAAUCUUCAAGAAAUAUAACUGGAUUAAUAUCAAGGUGGAGGACCAUGUGUUUCACCAGGCCCUGAUCCGAACAGGGCGUGAGGAUUUUGUGGAGCUGUUUUUAAACAAGGGGUUCCGAGUCCAUCGCUACCUCCACCACAAGCGUCUACACAACCUGUUUGAGAACGCCCAGGACAAGGAGUUCUUCAUCGGAGUCUGUCUGGAGGGUGUGCUUGGGAAGUCUGUGGACCCGUACGCUCCCCUGGAUCGUGAGUUUGUUGAGACCGAGAGCUGUGACCUGAACCGGCUGAUAUACCGCUGCACCCGGCUGACCAAGCUGGUCAACCCCUACACCCUGUCCAUGAACGCCCUCGGGUCAUACAUCACAGACAAGGAUGUGGCUGAGAGACGGGCUGUCAACACACUGGUCUUCUGGGCGGCGUUGACCAACAGGCCGAAGCUGGCCAAGGUGUUCUGGCGCAAGACGGAGGACCCCAUGGCGAUGGCGCUCAUCAUCAGCAUGCUGAUGCACAACCUGGCCAAGCGAUGGUGCAAGGAGCCAGACAUCCGCUACAGCGUCAGAAAAACGGCAAUUGAGUUUGGCAAAAUGGCCGUCAGCCUGCUGGACCUCUGCUACAAGGACUCCACUAACCAGGCCUUCCAGGCACUCAACAAGACGCUACAGGACUUCAACGACAAGACGGUGGUGGAGAUUGCCAGGAUGGGUAAAAACAAGUGGUUCAUCGCCCAUCCUUGUUGCCAGAAGUGGCUUUCACGCCGCUGGUAUGGGAACCUGCACAUCCGAGAGUUGGACUGGGGACAGCCCACACUACCAGACUGGCUCAAGAUCUACCUGUGCGUGUUCCUCGUCCUCCCCAUGUAUGUGUGGGUCUACUUCGAACCGGACGAGAAAGGAAAACAGAAGUUUGAAACAGAUGACGAUGAAGAGGAGGUGGAGAUUGCUGAGGACACUAUGCUGUUGCGGCCGACGUCCAUGGACUUGGAGACCAAGAGGAAAAAGUCUGUUGUGAGACAGAAGCUACACAGCCUGAUCGCUCGGGGGAACAUGGGGAUAAAGCUGCCACUAUGGAAACAGAUCUUCUAUCUGUGGAGUGCUCCCAUCACUAAGUUCUGGAUCAACCAGCUGUUCUAUGUGUUCUUCCUGGUGCUGUUCAGUGUGGCUGUGUUGUGGCCCUCCUGUGGGAACGUCUACCUCAACAGCGUUGUCUUCGUCUGGACCGUCAUCAUCUGGGCAGAACUUGUCAGAGCUACUCUCGUCAAGAAAGUGAAAUAUCCAGAAGUGCCAAUAUUCUGGAAGACAGUGGAGAUCAUCCUCAUCAUGCUGUUCAUGUUGAUGUUCCCCAUCUUCCGCAUCCUGCCGCACUUCUUCCCGCACGUGGACUACAUGACCACCAAGUUCAUCAUGAGCAUCGGUCUGCUGCUCUUCUACUACCGCACCCUCGCAGUCUUCCUCCCCAUGAGCCCCACCCUGGGACCCAUGCUCAUCAGUAUCAACAAGAUGGUGCGGAAGGACUUCAUGACGUGGAUGCGGAUGUUCCUAAUUGUGAUGGUGGCCGGGGGCAUCACGAUCCAUGCGGUGCUGUACCCCAGCUACCCGCUGACACAGGAAGGGAUCAAGAAGGCCCUGGCUCGGGCUUUCUUCGCCAUGUUCCUCACCAAGAUAGAUGACCUGGAAGGUGAUGAGGACUGCAACUACAUGUACCACAACAAGACGAUAGAGGCUUGCAGUGUGAGUUCCAGCACCACCGGCAGUGCCAAUGACAAAUUGAACCGGUGCCCUUACAGCAGCCUCAGGGGCUAUGCCAUCGUGAUCCAGUACCUCCUCAUCACCAAGCUGGUCCUCAUCACCCUGCUCUAUGCUAUGUUCAGUGACACUAACUCAAUCAGCAAUGAAGCAGAGGAGAUAUGGAAGUACCAACGCUACACCAUUAUCGCGGACUUUGACGAAGUUAGGCGUCCUCACUUCUACCUCCACCACUGA